GAGGAGGAAGAAGGUUUCAGGGUGAAAGAGGAGGAGAAGGACAUGACUGUCACAGUGAAAGAGGAGGAAGAAGGUUUCAGGUUGAAAGAGGAUGUUUUAGUGAAGGAAGAAGAGGAUGUUUUUGGUGUGAAAGAGGAGGAAGAAGCUUUGAGAGUGAAAGAUGAGGGGGAUGAUGAUGAAGAGGAGGGGGAGACUGGAGAUCUGAUUAACACCAAAGAGAGACCAGACUCUCACUCUGAUAGCAGGAAGAGUCCUUCGGGGGAACCAGAUCCAGAGACACCCAAACCAGCAAGACCACACCACUGCUCCCAGUGUGGAAAGAGUUUUACCCGGUUAUGGGACCGGAAAAUACAUGAGAGAAUACACUCUGGAGUGAAGCCUUACCACUGCUCAGACUGUGGAAAGAGAUUUACCCAGCUAGGGCACCUGAAAGAACAUAAGAGAACACACACUGGUGAGAAGCCCUACCAAUGCUCCCAGUGCGGAAAGAGUUUUAACCAGUUAGGGGCCCUGAAAACGCAUGAGAGAAUACACACAGGAGAAAAGCCCUACCAAUGCUCCCAAUGUGAAAAGAGAUUUACCCAGUUAGGUACCCUGAAAGAGCAUGAAUUAAAACACACAAAGAUACAGGAGAAGACCUACCACUGUUCUCAUUGCGGAAAGACAUUUUCCCAGUCAGAGGACCUGAAAUCACAUGAGAGAAUAGCGAGGCUGUGUUCCGACUUAUGUUUUUGACUGAGAAUUUGUGUCUUUGUUCAUGCUAGACGCUGUUCAUCACAUUUGCCGCCAGCCUAAAACCGCCUGCUUUUUUCCCUAGCCACCGUGCUUCUACACCUGCAUUGCUUGCUGUUUGGGGUUUUAGGCUGGGUUUCUGUACAGCACUUUGAGAUAUUAGCUGAUGUACGAAAGGCUAUAUAAAUAAUUUGAUUUGAUUUGAUUUGCUGACUGAUAAUAGAAGAACGCUCGUGGACCUUGUUCCCGUUGGGACGUAGACAGUUUUCUGAAGACAAAUGAACGUCAGUCAAAAGUAUUUUAUAGUUCUUCCAGAGGAGGCGGUAACUGUCAGUGUACUUGACCUCUGAUUUGUCGAGCUUCGGGUCAGUCAUUCCCACUUCAGUCCAUGUGUGAAAGAAGGUGUGGUUGGUUGCAUUUUACAAAGCCCCUAAUCUAUUUUCCACUAAUUGGUCUUAUGACCAAUCACAUCAGAUAUUUCUUUUCAGAGCUGAUCUAAGUGGUCAAAAUAAUCAACAUUUUGUGGAUUUUUUUAAAAUUUAGAAUUCUGUUUAAACGCAGCCAUUGAGUAAGAUUCUGUUCAUAAAUAAUUAUAUCCAUAACUUUCUGUACCUUCUUUGUGCAGAAAUAAAACCUAUUUCAAUGUUCAUGUAAUUUCCUUGGGGUUCCAUAGGUACCAUAUUUGACAUGGUAAUAACCUCAUAUUUAUCAUUGCUGGGGAGUAUCUGAAAUUCAUUACACAGAGCAUAGUGAAAGGCAUAACUACACAAUCAUUCAUUUGUUACA